AAAUAUAACUUGACCUCAACAGCGCGAAAUACAUGCUGGUGAAAUGUGUACUGUAGUAUGUUAUUGUACUUAAUGUAUGAGAAGUAAAUGUACUCGUUGCUCUAAUGGAUCCCAAUCUGUUGUAUUGGAAAAGCCAGGGGCAGUCUUUCCUCAGUCGGCUACAGAUCUGGAUUAAUCUCCUUGAUCCACUAUCCCUGAUUUCCUCUGAUGAUGAAAUACAAAAGGCCCACAGUCUUCUUGGAAGCGGACAGCCGCUAAAUGAAAAGGACGGACAAGCACUGACCCUCUCACUUUCGUCUGUCCACGCCGACUCUGGCGCUGUUCUUCCACUCGUCUUCCGCUCUGCAGCAUUGUUGCCAAUAUCGACGCCUCUGGUGGUUGCCAGCUUUCUGCCACACAGGAGCGUCAAACCUGCUCUGUUUUGGCAGUUUCUGCUGCAGAGUUACAGUGCUGGGUUCAACUAUGCAAACAGAAAUUCUUCACCAGAGCAGAGUAAGAAGACGUCUCUGAAGCAGCUUCUGUUGAUGGCAGGAACCGUUUCCUAUGCAGCAUGUGCAGGGGCCCUUCCUCAAAUUUUUAUUAGCCGACUUGGUGUAAGAAGCGCAGCAAUCCAGACUUUCUUUAGGUCGAUAUUACCAAUCCCACUCUCGGCCGCUCUGGCCUUCUUCAAUGUGUUUACUGUCAGAAGUGAGGAGUCUGAAACUGGCAUCCAGGUGUUUGAUUCCAAUGGGAAUCCCGUCGGCCUCUCUAAAGCAGCGGGAGACAAGGCUGUGAGGGAAACUGCAUUGUCAAGAGCGGUGCUGUUUGGUACCACCGCUGCUCUUCCUAAUCUCCUGGUUCUGCUCCUCCAGAGAACCAGACUUUUCCAGAGGAACUCUCUGCUGGCCGCUCCGGUCCGUCACAUGAGUGUCGCGUUAGUUCUGGGCUUGAUGAUCCCCGUCUCGUUCAGUCUCUUCCCACAACUGGGAACGAUCAAGAAGGAAAACGUGGAGGAGCGGCUGUGGGCUGCGGCGGACGGGGGACGGUUCUACUACCAUCGAGGACUCUGAGGAGCGGCUCUGAUGCCGGUCUUGCUGAAACUACCACGCACGUGACGCAAUGCGGCCUCUUCUCCCAGUUUUCACACACACACACAAUCAUUUGUUGUAAAACACACUCUGCGACAUUAAAAAAAGGGAAAAGGCUACCUUUUUAUUUUUUUUUAAUAGUAAAUUUAUUUAGCUAGAAUAUUUACGUGUUCUCAUAGAUAUGAAAUAUUACAUAAAUUCAUGAAAAUACAUUUAGUUUUCAAAGUCACAUAUUACAUUACAUCUGCUAUGUAUUGCACUCUGUCUGAUCGGAAAUACUGAGGCACAAAACCGCCCUUUUGACAAUGUACUCGGCUGUAAAACGACAAUAAAAAUCUAAAUCACUGGA